ACUAGGCAGUAAAUUAUAAUAAAAAAGCACGACUAUGGCCAAUGUAGAGUCUAUGAUUGUAGAGGAUAAGACGCAGGUCAAGCAGAUAGACCGCGAGAAGACUUGCCCUCUUUUGCUUCGUGUGUUCUGUUCUACCGGACGACACCACUCCGUCUCAGAGUACAUGUUCGGAAAUGUACCCACCAACGAACUCCAGAUCUACACCUGGCAGGAUGCUACGCUUCACGAAUUGACCUCCCUGGUGCGUGACGUUAAUCCGGAUACUCGGAAGAAAGGAACCUACUUCGACUUUGCGAUCGUCUACCCCAACUUCCGGAACCAGCAUUUCUUAAUGCGCGAGAUCGGAGUGACGUGCACGGGCCAAAAGGGAAUCGACGAUAACAAGACCCUGGCUCAGGCCAAAUUCAGCAUCGGCGACUUUUUGGACAUCUCGAUUACGCCACCUAACCGACUGCCGCCCACCAACAGGCGUCAGAGGCCUUACUAAUGCCAAUGUACGAACUAAUCAUUUAAUCUGUCACUUGACACUCAAUGAAGUAUGAACAUAAUUAUAAGUGGAAUACAAAUAAGA